CUCGGGAAGAUAGCGUUACUUCUUCCUGCGUCUGGGGCUGUCACAGUAGCGGACCAUAGCGCAUUGUUUCACACACUGGGCAAAAACAUUGCAGCGAAUCGCGAUAGAUACAGAAACACGCCCAGAUCAGGCUCUCAAACCGCGGAUUGAGGUUGGAGCGCUUUCUUUCUUCCUAAAAUGGGGAACAGAGAUGAUGACUACGAUUUCUUGUUCAAAGUGGUGUUGAUUGGAGACUCUGGCGUGGGGAAGAGCAAUCUGCUCUCGCGUUUCACCCGGAACGAGUUCAACCUGGAGAGCAAGAGCACCAUCGGCGUGGAGUUCGCCACGCGGAGCAUCCAGGUGGAGGGGAAGACCAUAAAGGCCCAGAUCUGGGACACGGCCGGCCAGGAGCGCUACAGAGCCAUCACCUCCGCGUACUACCGGGGGGCGGUGGGGGCGUUGCUGGUGUAUGACAUCGCCAAGCACCUGACCUACGAGAACGUGGAGCGCUGGCUGAAGGAGCUGCGGGACCACGCCGACAACAACAUCGUCAUCAUGCUGCUAGGCAACAAGAGUGACCUGCGCCACCUGAGGGCCGUGCCCACUGACGAGGCACACGCCUUCGCAGAGAAGAACAGCCUAUCAUUCAUAGAAACGUCAGCCUUGGACUCAACCAAUGUAGAGGAGGCUUUCAAGAACAUCCUCGCAGAGAUCUACCGCAUCGUGUCACAGAAGCAGAUCGCCGAGCGCUCGGCGCACGACGAGUCUCCCGGCAACAACGUGGUGGACAUCAGCGUCCCCCCGACGACCGACGGCCAGAGAGGCAGCAAGCUACAGUGCUGUCAGAACCUGUGACCCUUGACCUCCUCUCUUAUUGGCUGCUGUGUUGUGCUGCUACUGGAACCCAGCCCCGCCCCCCUACUGUAAUCUCGAGAAAAAAAAAUUAAAAGAUCCUUCUUUUUUUUUUAUAGUUUGUUAACCAUCACAAUGUCUUCUGCCAUAAAAUGAAAGUUUUGCAAUCCCUAAUUUUCGGUCACUUCUUAGUCCAUAAACGGAACUCUUGCAGUGCUGAGGAUCUGCAAAAUACAUUAACGCUGAACGCCAACUCGGAAGUGCUGUCCUGGGUGUGCAGUUCAACACAAUGUCCAGUAGAUGGUGCUAUUUAUACACAUAUUACAGUAGGUCAAGCGAUUGGGCGUAAAGUAUUGUAAUGGGAGUAAUUGUAUCAGUCUGGCCAAAAACAGCUUUUCUGUAUCAAGUAAAUCAGAAGAAUUCAACAUAGACCCAGAAAUAUCACUGUAACAAACUAACACAAUUCUGGCAUUUAUUGUUUCCCUCCAUAACAACCAGAAAGGAUUCACACAACAGUAUUAUGCACUAUUAAUAUUAAUAAAACAAUCUUCAUAGUA